CCGAUCAACAUAAAGGAUACCCUGUAAACAUUUUUGGUCUCUUUUUAUUCAUACACACAAAACAUUCCUUUCUUAUAUACACUAAAUAUUUUCCUUUUAUAUUAAAAAAUUUUCCAGCUUGGACCGUGGCGGCUGCUGUACUCGUAGUGCUGAUGGUCUUGGUUUGCUGCUUCAGGACAAAGAUAUUAUAUCCUUUGUGUUGGAAGGAAAAUCCGACACAUCGCGUUAUUGAGAACAUUUUGAAGGAACAGGGACCCCUUACCACAGCCAGGUUCAGUUAUUUAGAGGUUAAGAAAAUGACCAACUCUUUCAGAAAUAAAUUAGGACAAGGGGGAUUUGGUAGCGUGUACAAAGGGAAAUUACAUGAUGGACGUGUUGUUGCAGUAAAAAUUUUAUCUGUAUCUAAAGGCAACGGAGAAGAAUUCAUCAAUGAAGUUGUGAGUAUUAGUAGGACUUCACAUGUUAAUAUCAUUAGACUUUUAGGAUUUUGUUUUGACAAUACUCACCGGGCUCUAAUAUACGAGUUUAUGCCUAAUGGAUCUCUUGACAAGUUCAUCUAUGAAGACAAAAAUGCAUCAAAGGAUGUUCAACAUCUGGAUUGGAAAAUAUUAAAUGAUAUUGCAAUUGGCAUUGCUCGUGGAUUAGAGUACUUAUAUAGAGGCUGCAACACUAGAAUUUUACAUUUUGACAUAAAACCUCACAACAUAUUACUGGACGAGGAUUUCUGUCCAAAAAUUGCAGAUUUUGGACUUGCAAAAGUGUGUCCUAGAAAAGAAAGUAUGGUAUCCAUAUUUGGUGCCAGAGGAACUGCAGGAUAUAUUGCUCCAGAGGUUUUUUCCAGAAACUUUGGUGCUGUGUCACACAAAUCAGAUGUUUAUAGUUAUGGAAUGAUGAUCUUAGAAAUGGUUGGAAGAAGAAAGAAUAUUAAGACAAAAGUAGACCGGUCGAGUGAAAUAUACUUUCCUCAUUGGAUUUAUAGUCGUCUUGAAUCAAAUUCAGAUCUUGGUUUAGAAAAUGUGAGAAAUGAAAGUGAAGAUGAAAUGGUGAGAAAGAUGACAAUAGUGGGCUUGUGGUGCAUACAAAGUCAUCCUUCAACUCGACCAACCAUAAGCAAAGUGAUGGAAAUGUUAGAAAGUAAAGUUGAUUUAUUGCAAAUUCCACCUAAACCAUUUUUGUCUUCUCCUUCACCAUCUCCGCACAAUUUGUCAUAUGAAAGUUUUAGUUUAUAA